GACAGGCAACCGGGUUGGGGGAGGCUGAAGUGCCUUGGGGGUCCUGAUCUCUGUCCUCGUGACUGCUGGAGGAGGAGGAGGAGGGCCUCCUUUACUCCAACUAAAGGACGCAGGCGUUCCUGACUGCCCCUGAUGGACCAGGGCGAGGACCCUAUAGGGUCCUAUAAGCAAGAAGAUGGUGCAGGUGGAGGAGAGAAUAUGACUGCUGGUUCGGUGUGUGUCCCUCAGAUCAUACCACUUCGGGUGCCUCAACCUGGAAAAGCAAAUCAUGAAAUUGAUAACAAUACUUUUUUGGAAAUGAAAUCAGGUCUCACAAAGUUGCUGAGCUGUCCUCAAACUUGUGAUCCUAUUGCUUCAGCCUCCCAAAUACCUGGGAUUACAGAUACCCCAGAUGUCAACAUAUAUUAUACCCUGGAUGGUAGCAAACCUGAAUUUCUGAAGAGAAUUGGUUAUGGAGAAAAUAAUACGUUUAAGUAUACAAAACCUAUUACUCUGCCUGAUGGAAAAAUACAAGUUAAAGCUAUUGCAGUCUCUAAAGACUGCAGACAGAGUGGAAUUGUAACUAAGGUAUUUCAGGUAGAUUAUGAACCACCAAAUACAGUUUCUUCUGAAGACAAUGUUGAAAAUAUUCUCAAAGUUUCUUCAAAGGAAUUAAAAAAUGGAUUUGUUGGACCAAAAUUAAAGAAGAAAUAUAAGAACACUGAAAAUAAACCUAGUUGGAAUGUUAACCUUAGAAAGUUUCCAGACCUUGAGUUAGAUGAAAGAACUGACCCUAAAACUCUGAAAGAUCUUCGCUUCUCAGAAAGCCCAUUAGAAAUCCCAGCUUACCAUGAAGGAUCAAGUUCUAGACCACCCACUCAACAGUCCCAGUCUCCUGGUUUUGCACACAUAACUGGCCAGAAAAGUUUGACAAGAACAGAGAUCAUGAGGAUUCAAAGAGAGACAGACUUCCUCAAGUGUGCCCACUGUCUGGCUCCCCGCCCAUCUGAUCCCUUUGCUCGCUUCUGUCAAGAGUGUGGUGCUCCUGUCCCUCCCAUAUUUGGCUAUCGUCUUCCACCCCCAGAAGGAGCGCAGAUGGGCUUGUGUGCAGAAUGUGGAAGCCUGGUCCCCAUGAACACGCCCAUCUGUGUGGUGUGUGAGGCCCCUCUUGCUCCACAGCUGUGGCCACAGGCAAGCCUCCACUUGAAGGAGAAAGUAGUCUGCCGCACCUGUGGCACAGGGAAUCCUGCUCACCUGAGAUACUGUGUCACCUGUGAGGGGACUCUGCCUUCAGCACAAGAGUCGAUAUGCAAUGGAGAUAAAACUCCUCCUCCGCCCACCCAGAAAGGAGACACCAUUUCCUGCUUCUGUGGUCGCCAGAAUGUCUGCGAGGCGUCCUUCUGUGACUGGUGUGGAGCCACACUUAGAAUUCCUGCUACCCACUCUGUUUGCCCUAAAUGUGGAGCCAGCAAUCACCUGUCUGCCCGAUUCUGUGGCUCCUGUGGAAUUUAUGUGAAGUCCAUGGCAAGAUUCAGCUGGGACAGCAGCCUAGCAACAGUUGCUGGAGAACUUCACCCUUUUUCUGAGCACCGAUCUGCCUGGCAGCCCCUAAAUGUUCCUUUGCCCAGAUCUGACACUGGGGCAAAGAAGGAGAUGGGCACACAGACGGUUGGCCUGUUCUACCCUUCUGGCAGGCUGCUAGCAAAGAAGGAGCUGGAAAUGGUUUCUCAACAGCAGAGACAAGAGAAGAGGAGCGACCACAAGCCUCCCCUCACAGCCAUCAGCCCAGGAAGGGGAUACUGGAGAAGACAAUUGGAUCACAUCUCUGCUCACCUCAGGUCUUAUGCUCAGAACAACCCUGAAUUCCGGGCCUUGAUUGCAGAACCCAGGAUGGGAAAGCUUAUCUCUGCUACUGUCCAUGAAGAUGGCUGUGAAGUUAGCAUCAGACUGAAUUAUAUUCAAGUCUCAAACAAGAACCUAUACUUCAGCAAGGCAGUGAAUUUCAGUGACCAGUUUCUGAACAGUGUCACCGAGGGUGGUAAUGGGCUAUACAGCAGCAGGACCAGCUUGGUGAGCGAUUACAGCCAGAGUAUCUUAGAUACCAAUGAAAAAAUCAAGAGGAUGAGGAAUCUCCAGAUCAAAAAAUUUCACAAAAAGAAAGAGCACCUUACAAGGGAGAAUCCUUUACAAGACUGAAUUAGAAUUAAAGUUCUCAUCAGUUUCCUGAAUCAUAUCUUUUUCCUCUGGAGUCUGUUCUGUUUGCCCAUCAUUCUCUGUUUUGUAUUUGUCUGGACUCAAAUAUGUGAUGCUCCUUGGUUUUCUGGUCAUUUGACAAAUGAAGAACUAGUUGGAUUAGCACUGGUGCCUGGUGUGGGUGCCCAGCAUGGGUGUGUGGGUCUGAAGUCCUUGUGUAGAUAGGUGGUUAUUUUGUGGGAUAGGCUUUCCUGCUGGUGUUGUGCAAAGGUCCGGAGAAAGCAUGUGGGUCCCAAGCAUUGUCAGUGCAGAAGGUCUUUCUUCUGGUGCAAAGGUGUUGGUGGUGUGACAUAUUCUCCUAUGUUUCAGUUCUGCAAGGAGCUGUCUUUCCUCCCUUGUCCUUCCCACCCUCCCCUGAAUUUGUCAUGGAGGUCUUGGGCUCUGCAAUUCUCUCUUCUUGGGCUCUAGUGCUCCCAGGAGAUGACUUUGUUGGGCAAAUCAUGUACUUUCUAGAAAGUGGUUGUCAGGGUUUAACAGAAUGCAUGAGCUUUCUUUCUCCUUAUGUGAGAUAGGAGGGAAAGGGCAUCUUAGCUACUCAUAGUGAGCCCUUUAGUAGUACACUCAUGCAUUUAACCUGUACAGAAUACCUACCCUCCUUUGUGAUUAACUUUGAGUUUCUGCAGGAUACCCCUGGAGAGAAACACUCAGGCUUCUGGUGUCUUCAGCUGGUUUUUCUUUGCUUUGAUUUCUCUGCCAGUCAGAUUUCAUCUAUUUUCAGUCUUAGAGUUCCUCAAAAUUACUGGAAAACUAAAAUGAUAGAUUCCCUUUCAGAGUUUCCCACAGCUCAUAGUGAGUUUUGCUUUUCAAAAAAUAUGCAUCAUUAAUAAUUCCAAAAGGGUUUUGGAGAAAGGAAUGGUGGAUGCCCUUGCUCUCUCCCCCACUCUGCCUUUUGGUUGGUCCUCUUUGGCUUCAGCACAGAAAACAGCACUGAUUAGCAGCAAGCCCCUGGAGAUGGAGAUGGACACAAUGUGGUGCUUACCCUCCAUCUGGUUCCACCAGUUUCUAGAGGCUUCCUCUGUUUUGCACGCCCCCGCCAUCCAGCUUGCAUCAUGAUUCCGCCAAAGGCAGGAGCUCUGUUCUUUAUCUUUUUUUUCCCCAGCAUGUGCUUUGCGUGUAAUCAAUACCAAUAAAUUUGGGAAGAAGAUGUUAGCAUUUUUUUUAAUUUUAAUUGCUUAUGAUUCUUUGUGCUCUCCACCUCCUCCAGUUUGAAAUAUUGUAAUGAGUAUAAGAGAAGGUAUAGAGCCCCAUGAACUCAACAAUUUGCAUCUUUGGAGACUGUACCCUUUCUCUGCAUGUGGUCUGAAUCUCCCAUUGUUAUGCUCCUUUACUUUCUCAUUUGCAUUUAUGAGCUAAAUGUCAGCAGCACUGAUAUUUAUCCACUAAUUCAUUCAUUACUUUUGAGCCCACCUGUAUAAGGCAUGGUUCUAGGUGCUGAAAAUAAAAUGUGAACCCAAGUUAUAAAGAUCUCAGACCUCAUGAAGCAAACAUUCUAGAGGAUUCUAGUAUAUUUUUCUAAAAGGAGCCAAAUUCAUUAUAAACAAGAACACCUCCCAGAAUCCUCCUGGAGUUUACUGAUUAGAUUAUGGUGGGGCUGGGGAUGUGGCUCAAGCGGUAGCGCGCUUGCCUGGCAUACCUGCGACCAGGGUUCGAUCCUCGGCACCACAUACAAACAAAGAUGUUGUGUCCACCGAAAACUAAAAAAUAAAUAUUAAAAAAAAAUGUUUCAGAUUUUAUAGCAUUUAAAAAAAAAAAUAGAUUACGGUGCCUUGUUCCAAGAUACUAGAGAGAUGGGGUGGCCAAGGGACAAGGAAGCGGUAGAUACAGCCUGAACCCAACCUCUUCUGAAAAGCUUAGAGGCCCAGGGAACCAGGGAGGAGCAGGUUUUAUUUCCAUUUCACACACAGGCCAGUUGUGGUUCUGCUUGAAAUUUAUAUAUAAAUAUAAAUUUCAUAGCACUUUGAAAAUAGACAAAUUCUUUUUUUAAAUAUUUUUUUUAGUUGUAGGUAGACUCAAUACCUUUAUUUACUUAUUUAUUUUUUAAAUGUGGUGCUGAGGACCAGUGCCUCACACGUGCGAGGUAAGCAUUCUACCACUGAGCCACAACCCCAGCCCUAAAAAAACAAAUUCUUAAAGAUUUCUGACAAUAAGCCAGAUAUGGUGAUGCACACCUGUAAUCCCAGCAGCUUGGGAGGCAGAGGUAGGAGGAUCUUGAGUUCAAAGCCAGCCUCAGCAACUUAUCGAGGCCCUAUGUACCUUGGCCAGUCUCUGUCUUAAAAUAAAAAAAUAAAAAGGAAUAGGUAUGUGGCUCAGUGGUUAAGCAUCCCUUGAGUUUAAUCUCUGGUACCAAAAAAAAAAAAAAAAGCAGAUUUCUGACAAUAAAUGACAGGGAUUCGUUUUCUUAACAAGAAGUUGACUAUGGAUUCACUCAUUUCUUAGGCAAGCAUGGGUUCUGAACUCUCAUAUUUAGUCUGACAUUGAACACUUUAUAAAGCAUGCUAAGUAAAUUUUAGGUGUUCACCUGGCUGCUUUUUCUAGAAAUACACAUUAGGGAACUAGCCUGGAAUUUCUGGAGUUUUGUGAGGUUUCCCAUCACACCCCUACCCUUAAAAAUAUAAAACAAUAUUAGUGUAGUGACCUUGCCCAAGACAAGGUUUUGGAGACCAGAAAGAUUAACAUUAGAUGUGUAUGUUUGUGCUGUUGGCUUUUGAAGACCAUAUGUGCACACACACAAACACAGAAAUAUGCUCACACGUGUACUCUCAUGGUCACACACACCCAUCCAUGUGGCUCAGAAUUCAACUGAGAAUGAGACACUAUGCUUGGUGAGGAAGCAUUUGCCUUGAGUGUUAGACCUGGAAAUCAACAGUGCAGAUAUUUUGAGGCAGUGGAAAUGACCCAUGUUCUAUAAUC